AUGGACAUGCGAGGUCUUGCUCAUUUCAUCCAGGACAUCCGUCGUGCCACUGGAAACAAGAAGGAGGAAGAGAGUCGCGUGGAUGAGGAGCUAGCCAAGAUACGCGCCAAGUUUAUUCACACCAGUAGCAUGACGACAUACGAUCGCAAGAAGUACGUGUGCAAGUUGCUGUUCAUCUCGAUGCUCGGCUACCCCAUUACCUUUGGCCACAUGGAGGGUCUGAAACUCAUGUCAGAGGAGAGCCUGUCCGCCAAGCUCAUCGGAUACCUAUCUACCUCUGUGUUGCUGAACGAAAACAGUGAUCUGCUGAUGCUCACCACGCACACCGUGUAUCGGGAUCUUCUCUCGAUGUUCGACCUCAGUCGCAGCCUCGCCCUCUCCGCCGUCGCGAACACGGGGAGCCGCGAUUUUGUAGAGGUGAUGCACGAAGGGGUUUUUUCCAUCGUUGUGGACGACACCGUUAACCAGCACAUCCGCAAAAAGGCGCUCCUGACACUGCUGCACAUUUACCGAAAGCAUCCCGAUAUUGUAGACCUGAACGCCGUGGUUCCCAAGGCGGCAGAGCUGCUGCUAUCCACACAGGACGGCGUGAGCAUGUGCGCCGUUACAUUUCUCAACGGCUGCAUCAGCAAGGAGACAAAGCACCUCUACAGGGGCAUUCCUGACAAGCUGAUUCAGGUCCUGGCGCGCAUCAUUCUGGAAAAGCAGACGGAGCCUGGAUACGUGUACUACGGCGUCCCAGCGCCGUGGCUUCAGGCGAAACUCCUGCGGCUGCUGCAGUACUUCCCGCUGCCUUCGGAUGCUGACCAGCGAAACCGCAUUAUCCUCGUUUUGCGCAAGGUUGUCAAGGCGACGGAUAAGGUGUUGAAGGAUGCGCAGACACAACAAAAGCAGCGUGGCACGAAGAGUCGCGUCAGCGCAAUGAAUGCGGUGCUGUUCGAGGUAGUGUCACUGUGCAUCCAGUGGGAUGUCGGCUCCAAGCUCAUUUUGGAGUGCGUGGCGCUCGUCACCUCCUUUCUCUCUGACAAGCGGGAGGCGAACCUGCGCUACAUGGGUCUCAUUCUGCUGGCCCGGCUCAGCUUUGUCGACGUCCCCGGCUUCAACUUUCACAUGCACUGCCGUCAGUACCAGCCGCAGAUCAUCGUUAGCCUGCACGACUCCGACCCCUCGAUUCGUAAGAAGGCACUCGAUGUCCUCGUGGCUAUGUGCAAUCAGAGCACCGCUGACGACAUCAUCAAUGAACUCAUCUCACACCUCCCCAUUGCCGCUGACCCCAACUUCAAGACGAGCCUCGUUCUCUCCAUCGCACUUCUGGCGGAGAAGUACUGCCAGGACUACAACACUUAUGUAGAUAUCAUGCUCACUGUUGUGUCGCAGGCGGGUGAUCUGUGCCCACCAGAUAUCGCGCACCGUGUCGUCCAGGUUGUUGUCAACGAUCCAUCCGUGCAGAAGCGUGCGGCAAACAUGGUUUUCGAGGAACUAAGGAAAACGACAAAGGUCUCAGAGGUGAUGCUUUGCGUUGCUGCGUUCGUGCUCGGCGAGUUUGGCUACCAGAUCGCACUGAACGCCGAAAGCACGCCGAUAGUACAGCUCAUCCUCCUGACACAGCAGCUGAGCUUUGCCUCAGUGGUCACGCAGAGCAUCAUCAUUAGCACUUUUUUCAAGUUCUACACUCUCUACGACGAUGUAGCGGUGCGCGAGCGCAUCGUGAAGACACUGCAAGCAUACACCAACAGCCCGCACCCGGAGCUGCAACAGCGUGCCACGGAGUUCAUUGCGCUGGUAGAGUUUGCGCGGCGUGAGCUGCUGGAGAAGGUCUUCGAGCCCAUGCCACCCUUCCGCGACGAUGUGAACACCGUCAUGAAUCAAGUGAAGCGAUUACACAGCGGUGUGCAGGACAUUUGGGGCCUGAAGAUUCUGGAACGCGGCGUGGGGGACGUGAACCGCACGCGCAAGUGCAAGUUCAAGUUGGAGUCUGGCGACAAGCACAAGGAGGAGAAGCGAGCUAUCACACUGAACGAUCUCUCGACUAUGUCGACAGUGCCCCCUGUGCAAGGCGAGAACACCGACCAGACCAACGCGGAGCUCGACGACUUACUCGACGUGUCCCUCCCCCCCCAAGAUGUGGAUCGCGUUUGCAGCACCUACCAAGAGCACCGGCGCCGCCUCUUCGAACUCUCACGCGCUGACAAGGGCGUUCUCUUCUCAAACGAGUCCAUCGAGCUCCAGUGUGCCAAAUCAACGUAUGGGGCAGACACUCGCAUGACGGUGGUGGUGCGUGACAAGACCGGCCGGGGUCUCGUGCAGGUGGCAGUGGAAGUCAUCCGUGCCGAGCCAGGGCUCAUUCUGCAGUCGCGCACCAAGGACGGGACCUCUGUGGUGGCUUGGGGCACAAUCACAACCGAGUUUGCGGCCCGCUCAUGUUUUGCCUUCAGCAGCCCGCCGAGUGUGCGAGUGCAGUACGCGCCGGCAUCCGACAGCGCGCAUGUGUGCACCGACGCUCUGUCACUGCCGAUCCUUCCCACGACUUUCUUCACCCCAUACCAGGUAGACUCCGAUGCCAACUUUAGUCGGCUCUACGAGACAACGAAGCAAGCGUCAGCCUGUGCCGGUUGGUGCAAGGCAAUGUCGCCGUCGACGAGGGUAGAUACCAACACACUCAUGCAGUUGCUCGAGCUGCAAGGGUACAGCACCAAAGUAACUGGAUCGGGUGCCAUCGUUGGCGUCGCCGCGUUCGCGGUGCAGCCAAAAGAUUGCGUCGAGUACGUACCGGUUGUGUGCGAGAUACAGACAUCCGCGCGUGAAAUGCAGGUAUUCGUAUACUCCGAGGACUCGGUACUUCAGCAAGGAGCCCUCGACACAAUAAAGUUCGCUGUCCGGUAG